GCUACUUUUAAUUUGGUUAUGGACAUCCAUUUCUUCAAUUUUGUCCACUAAACCUGCAGAUUCAUUUACUUGCCAAGCAUCUUCCAAGAAAAUUCUGGCUAUAAUUUGUACAAGUUCUCUCUCCUCUUCUCCUUGGCCGACUCACUUUUUAUCAUCUCAUAGCAUUAGCCUUGCAAUCGAAUUGAUUGCUGCUGUUUCUAAUUUUCUUGGCCUGUCUGAUUUGGCUGUCAAUUAGGGUCCAUUUUCUGCAAUUUCUUCAGUGAAACCAGGAGAUUCAUUCACGGGCAUUUGCCAAGCAUCUUCCAGGAAAUUUCUGGCUAUAAUUUGUACAAGUUCUCUAUCCUUUUCUCCUUGGCUGACUCACUUUCUAUCAUCUCAGAGAAUUAGCCUUGCAAUUAAAUUGAUUGCUGUUGUUUCUAAUUUUCUUGGCCUGUCACAUUAUUUAUUAUUAAAUGCAACCCUUGAAAUUAUUAUUGAUCACUUUAUAAUAAAGUAACUUUGCAACUUUCUCAUUGUCUUUGUAGAUUCAUUCACAAGCAGCUGCCAAGCAUCUUCCAGGAAAUUUCUGGCUAUAAUUUGUACAAGUUCUCUCUCCUCUUCUCCUUGGCAGACUCACUUUCUAUCAUCUCAGAGAAUUAGCCUUGCAAUUGAAUUGAUUGCUGUUGUUUCUAAUUUUCUUGGCUUGUCUGAUUUGGCUAUCAAUUAGGGUCCAUUUUCUGCAAUUUCUUUAGUGAAACCAGGAGGUAUACCAUUUAGAUCUUCGAUUUCAAUUCAUUUCAUUGGCAUUUUCCAGGCAUCUUCUAGGAAAUUUCCAACUAUAAUUUGGACAAGUUCCCUCUUCUGCUUAGCCGGCUACAAUUUUUGUCAUCUAACAGAAGUACCCUUGCAAUUGAAUUGAUUUACUACUACGUCUAAUUCUCUUGGCCUCACUGAUUUGGUUAUCAUUAUCCAUUUUCUACAAUUUCUUUGGUGAAACAUACAGGUAUACCAUCUAAAUUUUUGAUCUUCAUUAAGUUAUAUUCUCUUUGAGAUAAUAAAAUGAAAAUAUCUAAAUUUUCUAACAAAUGCGUAUAACUUUAUUGACAAAGACUCUUCACUUUAGUUAGGAUAUUCCUCAUGUUUAAAUUAUUUUUAAAUUGACUUUAUAAGCUGAUGGGCUGCCACUUGUAAUUUGGUUAUCCUCAUUCAUUUUUUCAAUUUCUUAUGCUAAACUCAAAGGUAACACUAAUUAUCUUGAUCUUCAAUCUUGACUUUAUUAUGUUCUCAUUGAUGUAUAAAGAUUCAUUUCAUUGGCAUUUUUCAGGCAUCUUCGAGGAAAUUUCUAGCUAUAAUUUGGACAAGUUCUCUCCUCUUCUGCUUAGCUGGCUACAAUUUUUAUCAUCUAACAGAAUUAGCAUUGCAAUUGAAUUGAUUUGCUGCUACGUCUAAUUCUCUUGGCCUAACUGAUUUGGUUAUCAUUAUUCAUUUUCUGCAAUUUCUCUGGUGAAAGAUACAGAAAAGCUGUGUAUCCAAUGGAGGUCUUAUCUCUUGUCGGAGGUUCUCUUUUAUCUGCUACAUUCGACUUGUUAUUUGAAAGGUUGAAUGGAUAUCUAAGUGAUCAAUUACGGAAUACAAAGGGGGAAGUACGUGCACAAAUGGAAUACUGGAAGACCUUAUUGCCCAAAAUUAUUGCUAUACUUGAACAUGCAGAAGAGAAUCAAAAAACCAAUCGAUUCAUGAAGUUAUGUCUUGAUGAUCUCAGGGACUUGGCUUAUGAUAUGGAAGAUAUACUUGAGGAGUUUGUGAUUGAUGCCAAGAGGCCCAAAUUGAAUGCAAAAUCUAAAGCUAGCACCAACAAGCGACAGAAAGUCACCUCCAGUCUCAAGAAUAUAUUUAGAUUUAAGGCUAAGCCCAAUGAAGAGAUCAAUUACAGGUUGAAGGAUAUAACUAGCAGAUUGCAGCGAAUUGAGAAGGACCUGCAUACUUUGGGCCCGAUCAAUUCAGCUAUGGGAGAUAAAAAAGAGUCUCAUCUAACUGCAGGAAGACUACCUGAGUCAUCUCUUCUUGAAGAUUGGGUGUGUGGUCGAGAUAGUGAUAAGAAAGCUAUUCUUAAUAAGUUGCUAGACGAUGGAGGAAGUCUUGAACAAGACUUUAUUAUUCCCAUUGUCGGAAUGGCUGGACUAGGCAAGACAACUCUUGCUCGACUUAUUUACAAUGAUGAAAAACUAAAAGCCAGGUUCGACUUGAAGGUAUGGGUUUGUGUUUCUGAUGAGUUUGAUGUUGUUCAAAUAACAAGAACUAUUUUAGAACAGGUAAUUAAGAAAAAGUGUGUUUGUGAUGAUUUCGGUUCACCUCAAGAGGAAUUGAAGAAAAAGCGUGAGGAAUUGAAGAAAAAGCGUGAGGAAUUGAAGAAAAAGCGUGAGGAAUUAGAGAAAAAGUGUGUUGAUUUUGGUUCACUUCAAGAAGAUUUGAAAAACGAGUUAUCUGGGCACAAAUUUCUUCUUGUAUUAGAUGACGUUUGGAAUAAGGAAUAUGGACAGUGGGAUGUCUUGAAGAGACCUUUUAUGUCAGGAGCUCCUGGAAGUAAAAUAAUUGUCACAACUCGAAAUAAGGAUGUUGGGACCAUGAUGAGAGGAGAUGAUGGAGUUUAUAAUUUAGCAUUGCUACAAGAUGAUUUUUGUUUGCCAUUAUUUACACGACAUGCAUUGGGGAAAGAGAACUUUGAUGCACAUCCAUACCUACAAGAUGCAGGUAAGAAGCUUGUUAAGAGGUGCAAAAGAUUGCCAUUAGCACUAAAAACACUUGCUGGCAUCUUGCGGGGAAAGUUGCGUCGUGAUGAGUGGGAAAAUGUAUUAAACAGUGAUAUAUGGAGUUCAUCUGAAGAUAGAAGUAGAAUUCUUCCUGCUCUGAGAUUGAGCUACAAUCAUCUUCCUUCUUACUUGAAGCGAUGCUUUGCUUAUUGUGCUUUGUUCCCUCAAGACUAUGAAUUUAAAGAAAAGGAGCUGGUUUUAUUAUGGAUGGCUGAGGGCUUAUUGCAGCAACAGUCACGUCGAAAGAAGCAAAUAGAAGAGGAGAUUGGCCAUCAAUGUUUCCAUGAACUAUUGUCUAGAUCACUCUUUCAGCAAUCAAGUACAAAUAAAUCACGGUUUGUGAUGCAUGACCUCAUAAAUGAUUUAGCUGUAGAUGUUGCUGGAGAAAUAUAUUGCAAUCUUGAACGUGGUGUAGGUGAUGAAAAAUUAGAGAAAACUUGUUAUUUGUCAUGUACUCCAUACUAUCAUGAAUUCUCAGAGAGAUUCAGAGUCUUCGAUAAAUUAAAGCAUUUGAGAACAUUUUUGCUGCUACCAGAGCCCUGUGUCUAUGCUGACUACAGCCACAGGUACAUUUGGUGUAAAAGAAUCUUGCAUGAGUUCCUACCAACAUCAAAUCGCUUAAGAGUGCUAUCUCUUUGUCACUAUCAGAUAAUCAAGGUACCAGAUUAUUUUGAAAAUUUGAAACAUAUUCGAUACAUUGAUUUUUCUCAUACAAGAAUCAAAUGUAUACCUGAAUCAGUGGGUUCUCUUCUCUUCUUACAAACAUUACUAUUAUCUGGUUGUCGACAGCUUAGUAAGUUGCCUAUGACAAUUGGGAAUUUAAAUGAUCUCCAUCAUCUUGAUAUGAUUGCGACAUCAUCUCUAAAAGAGAUGCCAUCAGAAAUAGGCAAUCUUAAAAAUCUUUUAACAUUGUCCAAAUUCAUUGUGGGGAAGGACAGUGGAAUGAUGAGGUUGUCUGAUUUGAAGAAUUUGUCGCAACUUCAAGGAAGACUAUGUAUUCUAGGUUUGCAAAAUGUUUUGGAUGUUCAAGAUGCUAGGGAGGCCAAGUUAGACAACAUCCAUGGUUUGGAAGAGUUAGUCUUGGAGUGGAGUACUUUUGAUUCUGAUAUGGAGUGGACUGCUCUUGAUAAUGAUCGAGAUGAAUCAGUGCUUGAAAUGCAGGUCCUCAACUGGUUAAAUCCUCAUUCAAAUUUGAAAAGUCUCAAAAUUUCUUGCUAUGGUGGCAAGAAUUUCCCUCCCUGGGUUUAUGAUCCAUCAUUAUUUUCCAAUUUAUCAUCCAUGAAGCUCCGUAGAUGUAAGAGAUGCACUUUGUUACCAUCUCUUGGCCUACUACCUGUUUUAAAAGAAUUGAUUAUUGAAGGCAUGGGUUCAAUAGAAGCUAUAGGUUUUGAGUUUUAUGGGCAGCAUGGUUCUUUUCCAUCACUGGCUGAACUGGUGUUUAGAAACAUGCCAGAGUGGAAGGAAUGGUCUUCUCCAGCUGGAAGUGCAGGUGAAUUUCCUUGUCUUCAUAAGCUUGUGAUUGAAAAUUGUCCUAAGUUGUUAGGAGAAUUACCCAGCAACCUUUCUUCACUUAAAGAGUUAGAUGUUGGAAGAUGCAAUGGGAAGCUUUUGAAGAGUAUGGGAGAUGUCCCCUCUCUUACUUAUUUGAGAAUUGAGCAAAUUUCAGAACUGACUUGCUUGUCUAUGAGUCUUCCAUCAUUGAAAGAGUUGUCUAUUCAAGACUGCAAUGAGGUGCUUUUGAAUAGCAUGGUUGAUCUCACUUCCCUCACUAAAUUGAAUAUUUGGCAAAUUUCAAAACUGACUUGCUUGCCUAUGAGCGUGAGUCUUCCAUCAUUGAAAGAGUUGUCUAUUAGAGACUGCAACGGGGUGCUUUUGAAGAGCAUGGUUGAUCUCACUUCCCUCACUAGCUUGGAAAUAGCAUAUCUUGAAAAAUUGACUUGCUUGCCUGAGAGUUUUACACAGUCUUUGACAGCACUUGAGACUUUGCAUAUUGAAGGUUGCAGUGAUCUUACUUGUUUGUGGGAAGAAAGGACAGAAAUAGAACAAAGCCUCUUGCCUCUCAAUCUUAAAUAUCUUUGGCUUGAGGACUGUGGAGCUUUGGAGUCAUUACCCCAUGCAAUGAUGAUGAGGAUGGAUGGAAGCAGUAAUAGCAACACUAGUAUGUUGAUGUCGAGACUAGAAAACUUGGAAAUUUGUGAUUGUAAUUCUCUCAAGUCGUUUCCAAGAGGCAAAUUACCCACCUCGCUUAAAAACUUGAUAAUAAGAGAUUGUGAAGGUCUUGAGUCUCUACCGAAUGUUGAUGGUGACUAUAAUAAUAGCAAUCUAUGUUUGGAUUUACAUGGUCUUCCACGUGUUUAUUCUUCUCAGGGUAGUUGUCAUCAGCUACCAACUUUUCUCAAGGAAUUUACAGUUACUUAUGGUGGUGAGUGGCUGGAAUCAUUUCCAGAGAAGAUGCUGCAACAUUGUACGAGACUCCAAUCCAUUUCUAUUGAGAAUUGUGAAACAUUGAAAAGUUUACCCAAUCUUGAUUGCGUCAGCAAUCUCGUUGGAUUAUUUAUUUACCGCUGUGAAGUUUUAGAGUCCUUACCAGGAGAGUUGGCGUUAUGCACCCCCAAUCUUAAGUGGUUGACGAUAGACAGGUGUGACAAUUUCAAAUCCCUCCCAAAGACGAUGUACCAGCUGAAAUCUCUUCAAAUGCUAUGCAUGGUAAACUGCCCCAGCAUCGAGUUCAUUCCAGAUGGGGGUUUGCCGCCAAACCUAAAAUUUCUUGAACUUUCUUGUGAGAAUCUCAAGUGUGUGCCGAAUUCAAUGGGCCAGCUCACAUCACUUGAAAAUCUAUCACUCCUAGGUGAGGCUUUGACGAUGGACCUCCAAAACCUUACGUCUCUUCGAUCGUUGAGAAUUGAACACAAAUUGCCUCUGGAUAUUGUGUUGCCUUCUUCUUUAACCUCUCUUACAAUCUGGCACGAAGACAAUUUGGAAUCCAUACCUGGGAAGCUAUUCCAAAACCUAAGCUCCCUUCAAUGCUUCAAAAUUGUUGAUUGCCCGAAGCUACGAUCUUUGCCAAAGGAAGCCUUCUUUCCCUCGCUUGCAGAACUAUAUAUCUCCAGCUGUCCGCAUCUAAAACAACAGCGCUUUGAGGAAAAAGGAGACUACUGGACUCUCGCCUGCAGCAUCCCCUACGUUCAGAUAGCUGAAUGAAAGAUUAUUUCAAAGGGGAUGAGUUGCUGGCCAUGGCAUUAAGGAUUAAACAACCUUGUAACCUGAGCUCAUUUUUUCCAUUCUGAAGAAUUGGUAAGACUUUUGAAACAAGGAGUUGUUGAUGUUCAAAUGAGAUUUUUCUGUAAGUUGGAACUGGAAUGCAAAUGACCUUUUCCAAAUUAAACAAGCUUGUAAGUUGGAACUGAAACACAGAUGACCUUUGCUGAAUUAUAUAAGCUUGUAAUAUGACUAAAUCAAGCUGCAGUUUUACAAGUUUUUUAUUUGAGAAAGCAGAACUUACCCUGACAAGGAAUCAAAACUGACAUAUCAGGCUAUCUCUACAGUUCAUUUUACUUGAACAAAAUUAUACAUUUUGAUGAUAUACUAGUAUAUUCCUCUGCUAUCUAUGAUGUUAGCUACCUUGGAAUUAAAUGAUUAUUUCCCAUUUCUCCCUUCUCUUGAGUAAUAUAGAUUGGUUGCAUUAAAAGAUUGGUUGCAUUAAAGAUUGACUAAUUUCCAUCAUUUAUUCUGCAAUUUUUUCAAUUUUUUUUCAAAUUAUAUAGAUUUCUACAGUUUUGUGUUAUUAUUUUACUUCGAUUUCAUUUCUGCAAUUCACUUAUCCCUCUUUCUUUUUAAUGUUACAAUUGAUGCUUUCUGUGUGCUUCAAAAUUCAGU